AUGGGGGUGGUGAUGGUGGGUAAAAGCCAGAGCAAGGAGCCAGAGCAAGCGCUUCCUCCCCUAGGCCCCGUGGCAGUGGAUGCCAAAGGCUGUGUCACCAUAGCCAUCCACGCCAAGCCGGGCGCUAAGCACAAUGCCGUGACAGAUUUGACAACCGAAGCUGUGAGUGUAGCUAUUGCAGCACCUCCGUCGGAAGGAGAGGCUAACGCUGAGCUCUGUCGGUAUCUCUCCAAGGUCUUAGAACUCAGGAAGAGUGAUGUGGUUUUAGAUAAGGGCAGUAAAUCUCGUGAAAAAGUGGUGAAGCUUUUGGCCUCCACAACUCCAGAGGAGGUCUUGGAGAAAUUGGAAAAGCAAGUUGAAAAAAAAUAAAAGCCUCCCUAUUCCGAGAUACAACAAUAGUGAAUUUAGGCCAAUUUAUAACCCUACAAUGGCCUUU